CGCGGCAUUCCACAGAAUAAUCGUGACACAGAGAGCAGCAGAGCUCAGCAUUCAAAUAUCCUCCUUUCCGGCGAGAGCGAGAACACAAACACCUUGUAGGCCAUUCAUGGAGCUGUGCAUGAACGGCCGAGUGGUCGUCUCGGCGGCGGCCCCGCAGACGCACGCCGGCGCCGGGAGGUUCGCCGAUGGAGAGGCAAUGGGGCAGCGGCUUGACUUGUCGAGCUUCCGCCGUACGACUGAGCCGAUUUACCAGCGGCGGAAGCCAUCUCUACGGAUGUCACUCACCACCACCGACUUUGUAGCUGAGUGCAAGUUGCGGGAUUUGGAGUUGGAGAGAAGAGAUCCUCGGACAGUUGUGGCAGUCAUUUUAGGAGGUGGAGCAGGAACUCGUCUUUUCCCUCUAACAAGGCAAAGAGCUAAACCUGCGGUGUCCAUAGGAGGGGCAUAUCGAUUGAUCGAUAUUCCAAUGAGCAAUUGCAUUAAUAGUAGAAUCAACAAGGUGUAUAUUCUCACCCAGUUCAACUCUGCUUCACUUAACAGACAUCUUUCGAGGGCGUACAAUUUCAGCAAUGGCAUAAGCUUUGGGGAUGGUUUUGUUGAGGUACUAGCGGCCACUCAAACUUCUGGCGAGGCAGGAAAGAGAUGGUUUCAAGGUACUGCUGAUGCUGUUCGUCAAUUUCAUUGGUUAUUUGAGGAUGCCAAAGGAAAGGAAAUUGAGGAUGUACUCAUCCUCUCUGGUGAUCAUCUUUACCGUAUGGACUACAUGGACUUUGUUCAGAGUCAUAGACAAAGUGGUGCAGACAUUACGAUUUCUUGUGUGCCUAUGGAUGACAGCCGUGCAUCAGAUUUUGGUCUAAUGAAGAUAGACAACAAAGGAAGGGUCAUUGCAUUCAGUGAAAAACCUAAAGGAGAAGACUUAAAAGCAAUGGAAGUGGAUACUUCUGUCCUUGGUUUGUCACGAGAACAGGCAAAGAAGAAUCCAUAUAUUGCUUCAAUGGGGGUUUAUGUGUUCAAGAAGGAGAUACUAUUAAAUCUUUUAAGAUGGCGUUUUCCCACUGCAAAUGACUUUGGCUCUGAAAUAAUUCCAGCAUCAGCAAAAGAACAAUUUGUCAAGGCAUACCUUUUUAAUGAUUAUUGGGAGGAUAUUGGGACUCUAAAAUCUUUUUUUGAGGCAAAUCUUUCUCUUACCAGGGAUCCACCUAAUUUCAGCUUUUAUGAUGCGACAAAACCAAUAUAUACAUCUCGAAGAAAUUUACCUCCAACAGCAGUUGACAACAGCAAGAUUGUUGAUUCUAUUGUAUCCCAUGGAAGUUUCUUGAGCGACUGCUUGAUAGAACACAGCAUUAUCGGUAUCCGAUCCAGGAUAAACAGUAAUGUGCACUUAAAGGAUACUGUAAUGCUAGGUGCGGACUUCUAUGAAACAGAAGCAGAAGUCGCAGCAUUGCUCGCUGAAGGGAGAGUUCCUGUUGGAAUAGGAGAGAACACCAAGAUCAGAAAUUGUAUCAUAGAUAAGAAUGCAAGAAUUGGGAAGAAUGUGACAAUUUCAAACUCCCAAGUACGGUUUCUCUUCAGCACUAUAUCUGGGUCGAGUUUCCUAUUUAAACUUUUUACAAUGAUGAUUUCAAGUUCAUUGAAUUUGCUUUGAAAUGAAUAUAAUAUAAAUUCUGAUUGAUUAUCUA